AUGAAUAGUACUCCACACCAGCAAAUCCCAAUUCACUACACCCCUGAUGACCGCCUUAACCGCCCCCUUCCUAACGACGGCCGUCAGUUAAGGCGGCAUCACACUGCUCGCUAUUAUGUGCACCGUGUCAAAGAAAGUCUAACAACUCGUGUAUCAAAGCUAAUAUGCUCAGUUUUUCUUAGCCUUCUGUUCAUUGUAGGCCUCAUAACAUUCAUCUUAUGGCUCAGUUUACGCCCACAUCGUCCAAGAUUUCAUAUCCGUGAAUUCUCCAUCCCCAGUUUAGCACAAGGGAUUUACUACGAUACAAUGCACUUAACAUUGUACUAUCAGAAUAAUCUGAACAUUGGGGAAAAGCCAGUAUUGUUUCCGUUUUAUCAAUCACCCAAGAACACGACGAUUCUUCACGGCGAUCUACAGGGGUCUUCGUUCCAGGUAGAUGAAGCACGUUGGGCACAGUUCAUAGCUGAUCGAAAUCGUGGGAGUGUUUCUUUUCGGCUGGAGGUUGCGUCAUCCAUCAGGUUUAAGGUGGCCACCUGGGAAAGCAAGAACCACAAGAUCCAUGCGACUUGUCAAAUCAAAGUGGGACCCGAUGGGUAUCUUAUUAUAGGAAGUGAGAAAGAUAUGAAAUGCCCGGUUUAUUUCACUUAG